AUGAUGAUGCUUAAAUACAUUUGUUCCAAGCCCACGGGAGGCGGGCCUGCUCCGCUCAUCCUCAAUCCAGUUGUUCAGUGGAUCAAAGGGCUGAUCUUCCUGCACAUUGGCUUGUUCAUCACCGCCUCGGCUGCAUUCGGUUUCCCCUCCAUCGGAGAUUUGUCGUGCCCCGAGCUGCUCCUGAACGUCUACUACUGUGGCGUCUGCUGCGCUGUAGCGUUCGCAAUGAUUAUUUACUUCUCGCUUCUCUCUUGUCAGAGCUGGGGGACUGAGCGAGAGUGGGCGAGCGCGAGUCUGGUCACCAUGACGAUGGCUAUUCUCGACAUGGUGACGGCCGGCUGGGGUAUCGUCGUCCUCGUAGACUCUUCGAACAGUAUGACUCAACAACAUGACAGCGACGCGGAUCAAUACGCCAGCUGCAGUGGCUGGAAGGCGUAUUUCUUUUACUACGCCACCGCAUUCCUCAUCACCAUCCACGUCACGACUGCGCUCGUCUGCGCGUUAGGGUCCUUCUUUCUGGCGCAGGGCGUCGGUGCGCAGUUGGAAGAAAUUCGGCGGCUGGUAUAA